AUGGUUUAUUGUGCGGAUACACUGCUCUACUGUGCUACUCAGGAGAUCUAUAUCACUUAUCUGAUUGGUUUCGAGGAUAUGGGCUUCGAGGAAAUGCCUCAGGUUGUUGAAGUUUUUUUGAAAGAACGAACCUCCAUAAGACAUGGUGUGACGAACCUGGACAGCACUAUACGGUCCCUAUUACCCAAAGGGAAUGCUGCUGAAUUGUGUCUGCGAGGUGACUAUCAUCUGCUAUGA